AGAACGGAAGAGUUCGGAGUAUUAAACUAUCAUUAGGUCCAUCGGUAGUUCAUACUACUAUAAGGUAUGUCAGAAGAGAACAACCUGCGACAAUAACUAAGCAUAAAUUAUUCGGAGCGCGCAAAACCUCGGAGCGGAGCAGAAGUCUGACUGCACGCGAAGAUGCUACUGUUGACACUGCAACCUCAAUGUCCCACCGUACUACAUCCUGGAUCUACACGAGAUGUCUUUGCCGGGCCCUCAGAUGGCAUAUACUGCGUUUCAAUUUUCGUCAACAACAUUAUAGCAUCGCCCGCACAGUAGACCAGAAAGAUGGCAUCUCUCCCGUGCUCAUAUCGCGAGCACGCGAAUUGGCGAAGGAACAUUCGCGACUCGAAAGCGAGCUGUCUGACUCAUUCGAUUCGAGUACAGCUAAGAAGGCCGGUGAGUUGGGGCCAGUGGCCAGCGCAUUGAACGAAUGGGAUAAAGCAAGAGAUUCAAUAAAUGAAUUGCAAACCCUUAUGAAAGACUCGACAACUGACGCUGAGCUCCGCGAGCUUGCAGCUGACGACAUGGAGUCUGCAGUGCAGGACUUAAAACGAGCGUCGGCAUCCCUCACACUCAGUCUCGUUCCAAAGCACCCCUUCGAACAAUUACCAUGCCUACUAGAAAUACGACCAGGGAAUGGAGGUGAUGAAGCGGCAUUAUUUGCGAUGGAUAUGCUGCGCAUGUACCAGGCAUAUUGCUCCGCUAAUGGUCUGCGGACAACGCUCGUAAAGUUCGACACUGCAGAGGGCUCAGCUGAUCCCAAUGGAUCAGCUUCGCCACUACAAGUGGCUAUAUUAGAAGUAACGGAUGAAGGUGCCUAUGGGCGGUUUCGCAGCGAAGCAGGCGUACACCGUGUACAGCGAGUUCCCGCGACCGAGACGAAAGGCCGGACACACACCAGCUCUGCAGCAGUUCUUGUUCUUCCAUCAUUCCCUGAUGCUACAAACGGUGGUAGUGCAAGCGAUUUCGAAGAUCCUACCAGCGAUUACUACGUAGAUCCAAGAGAGGUCCGUGUCGACAUCAUGCGGGCGCGAGGAGCUGGUGGACAGCACGUUAACACCACAGAGUCGGCUGUUCGUCUGGUGCACAUACCGACCGGUAUCACAGUUUCAAUGCAAGACUAUCGAUCCCAGCCGAAGAAUAAGGAAGCUGCAUGGAAGUUGAUCAGGUCGAGAGUCGCACAAGGUAGGAGAGAGAUUCGUGAGGCUGAGAUCAUGCAGACACGACGAGACAUUGUCGGUGUGCGUAAGAUGGGCCGCGAGAAUAAGAUUCGAACGUACAACUACGGACAACAGCGCGUGACAGAUCAUCGUAGCGGGCUUACCCUGCAUGAUCUUGACGAUGUGAUUGCGGGUGGGCAGGCACUCGAGAAGGUUAUGGAGAGCGUCCGACAGUGGCUCGUAGAUGGUGAAAUACAGGCUCUAGCGGCGGAAAACCCCCCGAAUGCGAAGGGCCAAAGCCAUAUAUAGACAUGUAUGUAUAAAUAUGUAUAUCACGCUGAAGGUUCUGAAGAGCUGAAGGGCCAAUGAAGCGGACGUGCACUUAUGACAUGGAUGGAUCUAUAG